GGUGAUAUAUAGGGCUGUUUUGACUGGAGAUCAUUUGGAUGACGGACACCGAAAGGCAAUAACGCGAAUCUCUGCGCCCUUGGAAUAUUCUCACAGAGGCACUGUUACAGAGUAGAAAUAUUUUUUCUCAGUUUGCAGUCAUAAUCUAUACGACGAGUUUGCCCACUGCGGGGGCUGCUGCGGCUUUCGCGUCUGCUCUGUUUUGAAAUACGAUUUACUUGACGGGCGGGCGUCUAAGCAUCCCGGACGAGCUCGAAUUUGCGAUGCCCAAACAGUGAGGGCUACGGUGGGAUCGCAUUUGGUCACCCUUGCACGGUAGCAUGGCUCCAGCCCGGAGGGACUGCAGCGGCUGGGAGAUGCUCCUCCCGACGGGAUGCCUGCUCCUCUCCGUUUUGCUAUUUCACCCUGCCCUGGCCAAGGUGUGUAACGACCGCACCAAACACGGACAGGACAACAGCUGGUUCGCCAGGGACGGGGAAAACUUGCCCAUUAUGGUUCUUAUGCCCAUGAACGAGUCGGCCCUGAUGAGCAGCAUCAGCCAGGGGAUCGAGCCGGCGGUCCAACUGGCCAUCCAGCACAUACGAGAGUCCAGGAAUUACUCGUUCUCACUCAUCACCAAAAUCUAUGACACCGAGUGCGACAACGCCAAGGGGCUGAGGGCCUUCUUUGAUGCCAUCUGCUACGGUCCCAAACACCUGAUGAUCUUCGGUGGUGUCUGCCCCUCUGUGACCUCCAUCAUCGCAGAGUCCCUGGAGGGCUGGAAUCUGGUGCAGCUGUCCUUCGCAGCAACAACCCCAGUUCUGGCAGACAAGAAAAAGUAUCCCAACUUCUUCCGCACCGUCCCAUCAGACAACGCCGUGAACCCAGCGGUAGUGAAGUUUCUCAACUUCUACAACUGGAGCCGUGUGGGAACCCUCACACAGGAUGUGCAGAGAUUCUCAGAGGUGAGGAAUGAUCUAACUAAUGAGCUGGAGAAAGCAGACAUUCAGAUUGCAGAUACAGAAAGUUUUUCCAAUGACCCUUGUGUCAAUGUCAAGAAGCUCAAGGACAACGAUGUUAGAAUAAUCAUCGGCCAGUUUGACGAGAACCUGGCAUCCAAAGUCUUCUGCUGCGCAUAUAAUCUUAACAUGUUUGGCAGUAAAUACCAGUGGAUUAUCCCCGGCUGGUACCAGGGCAACUGGUGGGAGCAAGCCAACAGCACCAACUGCACCACCAAGAAGCUGCUCACAGCCAUGGAGGGAUACAUCAGUGUGGACUUUGAGCCACUCAGUGCUCGCCAGAUUAAGGGCAUCUCUGGCAGGACCCCUAAGGACUACGAGAGGGAGUACAGCCGAGAGCUUCAGCAGAAAGGUGUGGAGGCCAGCAAGUUUCAUGGCUUUGCCUACGAUGGGAUGUGGGUCAUUGCUAAAACCUUGACUCGAGUGAUGGAACUGCUCCGGGUAAAAAAACGGCAGAACACCUACCAUAACUUCACUGUGGAUGACCGCGAAGUGGGAAAAAUGGUGCUGGACGUCAUGAAUGAGACCAACUUCUUUGGUGUUACAGGCCAAGUCAUGUUUCGGAACGGAGAGAGGAUGGGCACAAUCAAAUUUAACCAGUUCCAAGAGGGCCGGGAGGUGAAGGUGGGAGAGUACAAUGCAAUUGCUGAUGUCCUGGACCUCAUCAACAACUCCAUAAGGUUCCAAGGUGUAGAGCCUCCCAAGGAUCGUACGUUUGUGCGUCUGCAGCGGCGCCACAUCAACGUACCCCUAUACAGCAUCCUGUCCACCAUCACUAUACUAGGCAUGCUCAUGGCAGGGGCCUUCCUGUUCUUCAACAUCAAGAACCGCAACCACAGACUGAUCAAGAUGUCCAGUCCCUACAUGAACAACCUGAUCAUCCUAGGAGGCAUGCUCUCCUACGCCUCUAUCUUCCUGUUCGGCCUGGAUGGAGGUUUCGUCUCUGACAAAGAGUUUGAGACCCUCUGCACUGUUCGGACAUGGAUCCUCAUUGUUGGAUACACAACAGCUUUUGGCGCCAUGUUUGCCAAGACCUGGAGAGUGCACGCCAUCUUCAAGAAUGUAAAGAUGAAGAAGAAGAUCAUAAAGGACCAGAAGUUGUUGAUCAUCGUUGGCGGGAUGCUGCUAAUCGACUUAUGCAUCCUCAUUUGCUGGCAGAUUGUGGACCCGCUUAAGAGGACGGUGGAAGAGUACAGCUUGGAGGCGGACCCCCAAGGCCGAGACAUAGCCAUCCGUCCCUUCUUGGAGCACUGUGAGAACACCCACAUGACCAUUUGGCUGGGCAUCGUUUACGCCUACAAGGGGCUGCUAAUGUUAUUUGGCUGUUUCUUGGCAUGGGAGACCAGGAACGUGAGCAUCCCUGCUCUCAAUGACAGCAAAUACAUUGGGAUGAGUGUUUACAACGUGGGCAUCAUGUGCAUCAUCGGCGCUGCGGUGUCUUUUCUUACAAGGGACCAGCCCAAUGUCCAGUUCUGCAUUGUGGCACUGGUGAUCAUAUUUUGCAGCACCAUCACGCUCUGUCUGGUCUUUGUUCCCAAGUUAAUCACCAUGAGGACCAACCCAGACGCAGCCACCCAGAACCGCAGGUUAAACUUCACCCAGAACCAGAAGAAGGAAGACUCCAAGACCUCCACCUCAGUCACCAGCGUCAACCAGGCUAACACUUCGCGACUGGACGGGCUUCAAACUGAUAACCACCGCCUCCGCAUGAGGAUAACAGAGCUGGAUAAAGAGCUGGAAGAAGUGACCAUGCAGCUGCAGGACACCCCAGAGAAAACUCCCUACAUCAAACAGAACCAUUACCCGGAUGCCAACAACAUCCUCAGCAUACGCAACUUCACAGACGCUAAAGAUGGAGAGAAGUCGAUACUGAAGAAUCACCUGGAGCAGAAGCCUCAGGCGCAGUGGGGCUCCAUGGAUCCUUCCAGAAUAAACAGAGGUCCUCUGGAGGAUAUCAACUCGCCCGAACACAUACAGCGUCGACUGUCCUUGCAGCUUCCCAUCCUGCACCAUGCCUACUUACCUUCCAUAGGAGGGGUUGAUGCCAGCUGCACCAGCCCCAACGGCAGCCCUGGUUCCAGCCCACGGCACAGACACAUGCCCCCCUCCUACCGGGUAAUGGUCUCUGGCCUGUGAGCUUCAUUCACUCCCCCACCUGGCUCUUUGCAGAGGAGACGUGUAUGGUUCCUUUUUUUCUACAAAAAUAGACUGAUAUCAUCAGCGUAUGUGCGUAUUUUGUCUCGGAACAAGGAGGACAAGGGGAGAAGAGGGGGAGGGGGGCCGAGUAUCACUCUUCGUACCUCUUCACCCCAGCCUCUCUUGAGAACUGAAACCCUCAGUCAGGAAAGGGGUGGGAGGAGACAGAGUGGGCACUGGAUGACUCUUACAAACUCCCAUGAUUCACAGCAAUGUCCCCGUGUUCAUCUGCUCCCCUUGCCUAGGAAAAUACACAUAUGCACAGUCAAACAAACACAAAAACACUCAAAUACACACACAACCACAGACACACUGAUACACCUAUAGCGGAACAGUGGUGGACUAGCCCUGACCUGACGUGUAGCCUUAUCUGCUUCAGAGGGGAUUGUCUGUUUCUGUUCCUUAUCUGUUGUAUGAAUGUGCUCGUGGCUACGUUUGAGCUUGUCAUCUAACUUGAGUAUUUCACUGCUUCAGUGACUGGAUACCAGUGUGGAGACAUGGAUUUUACAAAAACCCAACAAAGGAAAUCAUCCAAUAUACUCCCCGUCCCCUUCCCGUUCUUGUGGAGACAUGUAUAUAUCAUCAUUUCUGACUUUGAUGUACUGUAAGCUUUGUAUAUGCUGUGAAUGGACAAUUAAAGGGGUUCUAAAUGUAGAGCGUGUAACAGAAGCAGGUGAUCAUGACAUGGAACCCUACAAAGAAUUAGAGAUGCGUAUGAAAGAGAUCUGAAUUGAUUUGUGUAAUUGUUGAUAAUUUAGAUUAUGGGCAGCAAAGUAAGAAACAUCAAAGCUUGUGAGUCACAGAACAUGAAAAGGCACCAGGGGCCCGUUCAUCUUAACUUGGAGGAAGACGCACAUGGCUCUUUUUUCCAUUUCGCUAAAUUUGCACCACUGGUUUCAUCAGAGUUUUCACAUCAGACUUUGCAUAAGCCUUUAAUAUUUUACAAUUUGCUUAAUAUGUCCUCAGAAAGCAUGUUAUACAGAAUAUUGAUGCUAUGCCUUUUAACAGGUCUCCAAGGCUGCAUAUAUGAGAAAAUAGAGCUAAAAGGCACCAAAAGAGUGUUCCACAGUUGUUAUUUAUGUGUGUUUUAUGCCAAGAAAUGCACACAUUUAGAUCAAAACGUAAGAGAGCACCUUAUGACUUCAGCUGCUUUUCAGACAAGGCAUUAGUGACAGGCCUGGUCAUAUUGAUCCCCACAGAGUGGUCUCCGUAGACUGUUAAGAUGUCCGUCUGAUCUAGCCCUCACAGCUAACCAGCACAGACAGGGGCGGUGGCUUCAUGUCAAUGGGCAAAAGGGCACAAUUACUUUUUUGGAAGAAAUAACAUUCAAGAGGUGAUGUUGGAAAGGAUGUAGGUCUACCACCUCCACAACUAGUUGGGAUUAAAUGGUUGACCUGAAUUUCCACGAGCAGUAGUAAAGACAAUGGAGACAUGGGCGGGAGCCUUGUGUGAUAAGCCCCAAAGGGCUGUAGCUUUCAGUUCCAAGACGGCGAUGAUACAACUGCUGGUCACAUUGAUGUCAUUGAAUGUGACAUUAAUGUCACAUUCAGUGUCAAGAAAAAUCACUUCACACUUAGCAACAGUGAACAUACCUCAGUUGCUAUGGAAAUGUAAUUCAGUGCUGUUGAACUGGGCCCAAGAAGGAUGCACUGAGCAAAACGUUUAUCGACACGGGAGAAAAGCAAACAGAGACUCCGGACAAAGAAAAUGACUUUUUAUGGAGUGCAAGAUGGUUGUUCUUAGCAUAUGUUUCACCAUUGGUGUCUUGGUUUUUAGUUGUUAAGGCGUUUGUUGAACGCUGUGCCUGUUGUCUUAUAUUGUAGCCUGCAGGACCCACGGUACAUAAAUUAGGUGAAUUUGGCGCUGACCCAGCAAACUACAACAUUGGCCACACAUCUGUAAACUGUACAACGUGUCAUAGAUUUCUUUAAAUUAAAUUGCCUCAACUUGGUGAAAGCUCCACUUCAGCUGGAGUGGAUUUCCUCUGCAAGUUGAUGUCUGAUCAUAAACACUGUCUUUUAGUUAAAAAGGCCAGUCAAGGACACACAAUUGGAGUGGGAGACAAGCUAGCAGAGAGCCGCCUGCUAUUGGACAUAUCAGGGUGACUUCCCGUGAGAGCUCCUCCCCUUCCAGCCCCUGCUGAGCACAGGAGCAGGGAAGCCCCGAGCACAGACCUCCAAGGAGUCACGGUGUCUCCCUCAUCGUUGCCAAUUAGAGAAUCACGGUCACCGGACAAGUGAGUGAGAGACAUUGCCAGAGGGUUGGUUCUUCCUUCAGGAGAAGAAAACCAACUGCACAUUUUAUAUAUUACAUUAUAUGUGAUUGUGUACAAUUUGCUGAUGCCCCCAUGAUGGUGUCCAUGUAUGGAAUAUUUGGUAUUUGGCUUUCUCAAGACGGCAUGAAAUGAAAUGUAUAAUUCACAGAGUUACCUCUGUUUUUGCAACUGUCGUGACAAAUCCACUCUGUCGUUUUCAUCUUCUCACCUACAGUUUAGAUUUUCUUUCGUUUACUUAAAAAAAAAUCAUGGAUUUAAGUUCUUUUAACCUGUUGAUCAGCUCACACAUGUCAAUGCCAAGAUUCUCAGUGGACUCAACAUCAUCGUAUCGACUAUGCUACUGGUUUAGCAGUUAUUCACUGAGGGCAAUAAAGUGAAAGUAGCAGCAAACGAUCAAUCCUAAUAACCCACUCCUGGCAUUUAGCAAAUUACAAAAUUACUUUUUUUAGUUAAUCUAAAAUGCCAAAUGCAGAUCAUCAGGUAUUGUUUUUUUUAGUUGUUUUUUUAGAUGCGCCCUGAUUUAUUUAUUUUUUGUUAGGAUUCAUUUCAAACUUUUUGGAUGAAAAACGGAUGAAACAUUGUUCAAAUGCAAUUAUGGUAGGUCAAGGGCUCAUAAUUUCCUGUAAUCAAUAACGUCAUGCCAAUGGUUUGUAUUUGCCACAUGUCUUUCUACCUUUUCAGUUUGCAGAUCAAAGUGACAUAUACGUAUAUAAUUAUAUCUUUGUAUGUGUCAUUAUCAGGGUUUCUGGAGAACACGAAACAUACAUGUCCAAAAAUAUAACAAUAUGACGUAUAUAUUUAGUGGAAAAAACACACAGGUCCAUACUGUUACUGUUUUGUCAGUUUGAUAUGUGGUAUCACAUGGAGAUAAGUUCAAUUAAAGAGUACAAAAACGAAAAAACAAAACCUAGGUUUAAUGCAACAUGUUCAAGAGGGGCAAUAACUUGUUUUCUUAUUACAGAAAGAAUAGAAAACUAUAUAUAUAUAUGUAUAUGUAAAGUUCUUUACGUACAUUCUCAUUUUUACAUAGGAAAUAUUUCACUAAUAUGCCACAAUGAUACUUGGUCUUUUUUUUUUUUUUUUUUUACAGUAUCUGUAACUAUGUUAUGUACAGAUGAGGUAUAGAUGUGAAAAAGUUGUAUAAAAUAAGUAUCACACUUGGAACACCUGAACAUUUUUUGGAGCCAUUAGUUGUUAUCGGGGGAUUUGAAUAACAUUCUUCUUUUAUUGUCUGAAUGUUAUGGACAGCCUUUACUUUUCACAUCAUCGUUAAAUAAAGUGAGACUGAAAAUAA